GAUCAAAUCAAUCGUGAAGCUGAUAGUUCUUUCUACCCGGAAAACAUGGCGACUGCUGCGAGGCUGCUACAAUCACCUCAUCGGAAAUCGCCGCCUUUCUUCUCAUCAGCGACCCCAAUCGUAUCCUUCCCUCACCAUUCAUCGCCUUCUCCUCUUCGCACCGAUCUUAUCCUCCCUAACUCACAGCUCCAAACGGUCCAUUUCUCAAGCUCCGCCGUCGCAGGAGGAGGCAGCAGCACUGGCAACGGGAUCGGGAGCCGUGGCGGCGGCGGCGGCGGACGAGGAGGAGGAGGUGAAAGCUCUGACGAUGGCAUGUCGUCGUCGUCGUCAUCAUCCUGGGUUGGACCCGUCGGAGCUUUUCUCAACGGGUGGAGAUCGAGAGUCGCCGCUGAUCCCCAGUUCCCGUUCAAGGUUCUAAUGGAGGAAUUGGUCGGCGUUAGCGCCUGUGUCCUUGGCGACAUGGCGUCUCGCCCUAAUUUCGGCCUCAACGAGCUCGAUUUCGUCUUCUCCACUCUCGUCGUCGGCUGCAUUCCCCAACGCUCUCCGCUUCAACCCCCACCCUCCCUUCAAUCUUCGUCAAUUGCCCCCACAAGCCACAUGUUUGAAUCCGGACCGUACACUCUGUUCCAUCGACUUGGAACUUUUGUGUACAAGGGUGUUCUGUUUGCCGCCGUGGGCUUUGCGGCGGGGCUGGUGGGGACGGCGAUCUCGAACAGUUUAAUAAAGAUGAGGAAGAAGAUGGACCCUAGCUUCGAGACGCCGAACAAGCCACCACCAACACUCCUGAAUGCGGCUACGUGGGCGAUUCACAUGGGUGUGAGCAGUAACUUCCGGUACCAGACUCUAAACGGGAUUGAGUUUAUGCUGGAGAGGAGCUCGGUGGUGGUGCUGAGGUGUCUGAAUAACGUGCUUGGAGGAAUGACUUUCGUGAUACUAGCGAGAUUGACGGGGUCACAGAGCGUGGGGGAGGCGAAGCAGGUGACAUCGGUGGCUGAUGACGACGAAGAGAAGAAGCAACUUUGUUCAUUGCAAGGAUUUAUGCUUCAGAACUUGGAUAUUGCAAAUAAGAAAAACACUCUGAUUAUCAAGAGGUACUGGUACCCUCUCCCCUUCUGUGAGAGGGGACUCGGUAAUGGGGCUCCCUCACAAUACAGGAGCCCACCCCUUGUGAGAGGGGUGGGCACCAUAGAAUUCUCCCACGAUAAAAAGAGUUGUUUUGAGACUUGA